CGCCAAUUUGAAGGUUGGUACUUCCAUACGCGACACUUACGGGAGUCAGGAUGCUUGUUCUUGUGCUUGGGGACCUUCAUAUUCCUCAUAGGCAACACAGUUUACCAGCAAAGUUUAAAAAGUUGUUGGUGCCGGGAAAAAUACAACACAUCUUAUGCACUGGAAAUCUCUGUGCAAAAGAUUCAUAUGACUAUCUCAAAACACUGGCUAGUGAUGUCCACGUUGUCAGAGGGGAUUUUGAUGAGAAUUUAUCUUAUCCUGAGCAGAAGGUAGUGAAUGUGGGACAGUUUAGGAUAGGAGUCUGUCAUGGUCAUCAGGUUGUUCCAUGGGGGGACCCUGAGUCUCUCGCAAUGCUUCAGCGGCAGCUUGAUGUUGACAUACUUAUUUAUGGGCACUCGCAUAAGUUUGCUGCAUAUGAGCAUGAGGGAAGGUUUUAUAUCAAUCCUGGUUCAGCCACUGGAGCAUAUCAUCCCCUACAAAGUGACACUGUACCAUCAUUUGUAUUAAUGGACAUUCAAGGAGGUACCAUUGUAACAUAUGUGUACCAGCUUAUCAAGGAUGAUGUAAAGGUGGAGCGGAUUGAGUACAAGAAACCAGUAUAAUCAAAAAAUUUCAUCAUCAUUUGUAGUCAGGUUUUUCUUUUAUAAUCCAUUGGCCGAUAUUAUAUAUUAGGUGUCACUGCGAGUAUAAAAAGACAUCUAGACAAAGAAAACUUGAAAAUGUUUGACCUGUGUUUGUCAAAAAUGUAAAAAAAGGAAUUAUAGAAAAAAUUCAAGAGGAGACAUGGUAGCUAUGAUUACUCACAAAUGAGUUGCUUUUUACUGAACUGUAAUAAAGUGACAUUAUCUCAGUUUAUAUUUUCAGUUUGAUGUAUGCAUGUGACUUUUUCUUUAUGUGAAAAAGAGGUUUAAAGUGGCAGUGUAUAAUCACACUGAACUGCACUUCCCUCUACACUCCUAUUGUGUCAGCAAGAUCCAACUUGAUUACGUGUACUGUUGUAGACAUUUUGUAAAUCUUUUAAAUAAAUGUUUGUGACUUAUAAAUGCA